AUCGUGAACCAGGUGGUCAUGAGUACGCUGGACGGCUCCGAGAGCUCUCCCCAGCAGCAGCAGCAGCAGCAGCAGCAGCAGCAACAACAACAGCAACAACAGCAACAACAACAGCAUCGAGUGCCGCCCACGUACGUGUAUAGCACAAGCUCGGAACAGAACGGACGGAGUCAUGAGGACGGAGAGCAUCGAAGGAUGGACCACGGGCAUCGGGAAUACCAUCAUCAGGCCACCGAGGACCAGCUCGGGCCGUUGCCCGUCAAUUGGGAGAAGGCAUACACCGAGUCUGGCGAAGCUUAUUUCAUUGAUCACAACACUGGGACUUCGCAUUGGCUGGACCCCCGGCUCUCCAAAUUUCAAAAACGCUCCCUCGAGGAGUGUCUUGACGAUGAGCUGCCUUACGGCUGGGAGAAGAUCGAUGACAAUCUCUACGGAACGUACUUCAUCGAUCACGUUAACAGGCGCACUCAGUACGAGAAUCCAGUGCUGCAGGCUAAACGCGCGCAGCAGUCAAUGACUUCCUUAGGCGAACGCAAUAAGAGUCCGAGUUUCACGAGGAAUCCGGAUGCGCUGAAAGGACAGCGGAUAAGGACGAGCCUGAUUAAGAGCUCGAGGGGUCUCGGCUUCACGAUCGUGGGUGGCGAUGACAGCGUCCAAGAGUUCCUGCAGAUAAAAAGCGUCGUGCCCAACGGACCCGCCUGGAUCGACGGCAAACUUCUUACAGGUGACGUGCUGGUAUACGUGAACGACAUAUGCGUGCUGGGCUUCACUCACAACGAGAUGGUUAACAUAUUCAAGUCCAUCGGCAGCGGUGAGACGGUCUCGCUCGAGGUCUGCCGAGGCUAUCCCCUGCCCUUCGAUCCCAACGAUCCCAAUACCGAAGUCGUCACCACCAUAGCCGUGAACGCACCCGACAUCCUAGCCGAGGAGUCAAGCCUGUACAUGGAUCUUGAGCGUUCGGGGAUGCGCGCGGGCGAGCGAUUCGAUUUCCUCGAUUCAUCGUUCCUGCCAGUACACUCGGCACAGAAUGGCGAAAGUCUCGUUACAACAGCCUCUGUUAAUUCCAUGCCCGAUCUCUGCAUAUCGGAGAAGCUCAACGCGAAUGGCACGAUCAAGAGGCCAAGCAGUACCGACAUACUCUUAUCAAACACCCUCGUCGAGCAUUCCUCCCAUAUUCACGACACCGCUCACUCGCCAGUACCUUCAAAACCGCCUGAAUUUCUUAGUAUACCGAUAAUUAAAGGUAUCACCGGCUUUGGCUUUACGAUAGCAGAUUCUGCGCACGGACAAAAAGUUAAGAAAAUUCUAGAUCACGACAGGUGCAAGAAUCUCAUGGAGGGUGACAUUCUGGUGAACAUCAACGACGUUAAUGUUAGGAAUAUGUGUCAUCCAGAAGUUGUACAGGUAUUAAAAGAUUGUUGCCGUGAUCAGGAGGCAUUGAUUUACGUGCAGCGCUCGUUUGGCAAGUGCCCGAAAUCGCCCCUUCAGGACAAGAAUUGUCACAAGGAUGACAAGGAAAAGACGGCGUUCGAUUUGUUUCGUAGUAAGACGCCAACCGCGGACAUAUACAGUACUCAGACGAAAACGGUUGUACCCCAACGGCCAAAGACGCCUCUCAUCGACACGCGCAUCAAGCCGAGGUCGCCACCUCCACCCGCAGCCCAACAGCAGUCCAACAUCGACCAUGAAAACGAGCUGCAGAAUGUUCUCGAUAAUCGAUACAAGUAUAACCAUGAUUUUAAUCACGGGAUUUAUGAUUACUCGGAGAUGCCUUACAAGCCCAACAUCUCUCAUCUUACUGAGAACUUCAACACCAUGAAUCUCAGGGGGCUGGAUAUGGAAGAGACGCUGCGCGAUGCAAUGAAGCGUGAAGAAUGGCUCGCCGCCAACAACGAGAAGCUUAACUAUAGUAGCGAGAUGUACUCGAUAGAUGUAUCGCAGCAACAGCAGCAGCAACAACAACAACAACAGCAGCAGCAGCAGCAGCAACAACAACAGCAACUGAUGCAGCUGCACCUUUCCAAGCAAAACGGCAUACAUCAAGCUGGGGACUACUAUAAGGACAUCUACACGGUGCAGUCACCCGCAUUUGAUGGCGAACAAGCCGACUACUCGUCUUUUAGCGCUAUGAUCGGUCAAGAGCAGAACGUCGACACAGGCGAAAUCUGGGAUAAGAGGAAGGAGAGCACGAGUUUUGAACACGAGCAGCCGCACUCGAGCUCUACCGUACCUGGAUAUCCACAAUAUGGUAGUGACGUUGGAAAUGAAUUGAUCUGCCCGUCAAUUCCGGACAUCGAGUGGAUCGAAACUUUGGUAACUCUUGUCAGACAAGAUACUGGUUUUGGCUUUCGAAUAGUUGGUGGCACCGAGGAAGGAUCUCAGGUUUCUGUAGGGCAUAUAGUCCCGGGCGGCGCGGCGGAUCUCGAUAGCCGCCUCAACACCGGCGAUCUUAUAAUGUCUGUGGAUGGCGAAAGUGUGAUGAGCUCGUCUCACCAUAGGGUAGUCCAGCUGAUGAUAGCUGCUGCCCAAAAUGGCCGCGUCACCCUUGGCAUACGCCGGCGCAUCGCCACUCAGGACAACCAUCACCAUCACCAUCACCACCAUCAUCAUCAUCAGAUGCGCGACAACCUACAGUCUUCUACCUCUUCUUCUUACAGCUGUCGCCUCAUCGGACAUGCCCAAUAUCCUUACGAGGUGACCGUAACAAGAAUGGAGAACGAGGGCUUUGGCUUUGUAAUAAUUUCUUCAGUGAACAAAUCCGGCUCGACGAUCGGCCGUAUAAUCGAAGGCUCUCCAGCGGAGAGAUGCGGUAAACUCAAUGUCGGCGAUCACAUUCUCGCCGUUAAUCACACAGACAUUACCAACGCGUGCCACAAAGAUAUCGUUAAUUUAAUUAAGGAUUCGGGAUACUCCGUUACCCUCACCAUCGGUUAUCCUUUGGACGAUUGCUGCAGUAAUACCUCGUUAUCUCAAAAGGAUGAAUUGCCAGGAGAUGGAGAUGGAGGACAGUAUCAUGCGGUAGAAUUAACUAGAGGAACUCGUGGCUUUGGAUUCAGCAUCCGAGGUGGUCGGGAAUUUCAAAACAUGCCACUUUUUGUCUUGCAAAUUGCUGAAAAUGGGCCAGCGUCUAUCGACAAUAGAUUAAGAGUGGGUGAUCAGAUUAUAGAAAUCAAUGGCAUCAAUACCAAAAACAUGACUCAUACAGAGGCAAUUGAGAUUAUACGAAAUGGAGGACCAACGGUUCGGCUAUUAGUACGACGAGGCUGCCAAAUGCCCUCAGUGAAUUAUGUCAGGCUCGACCAAAUAAGCAAUCGUUUGGAUGAUGUGAGCCCUACUCCGGGACCGCCGACAUACGAGAGGCGUACGAAAAAAAAUCGGCUUUCCCUGUCUCUAGACUGCUGUUGCUCAUCAAGGGGCAGUCGUACGUAAAAAGGCCCGUAAUAAAUGGGAACGAACUACGGCCGCACGUGCAU